GGCAGUGUCGUGAAGCAAAACAAUACAGACUGCAAGAUCAACAUUACAGGGGCGGGCAGCAAUAAAGCAACAGCAUUGCACCCAGUCUCCUGUGCCAAUCGAAGGUGUACCAGUGCAUUUCCCGGAGCCGCCUGUCGACGCAAGUUCUUCCCACACCGGGGGAUAGCUCUUUAGAGUAAGCCAUGAUGCGCAUGGCGGCACUUCUGAGCGUCCUGCUCAUCCAGGGAGCUCUCUGCUCAGUGAUCCAGCCAAGGCAUCUCCUGUCAGAGGCUGUGAAGGUUGACGCUGCAACCUCAAUUGCCAAGGGCGAUCUGACAUACGACAACGCGCACAAGGCCAUCUUUGGCUUCAACCAGGGCACCGAGGGCAGGAGGCUGUUGAGCGAGGCCGUGAAGGUCGACGCUGCCACCUCCAUCGUCUCCGGCGACCUGACAUACGACAAUGCGCACAAGGCCAUCUUUGGCUUCAACCAGGGCACCGAGGGCAGGCACCUUCUGUCCGAGGCCGUCAAGGUCGACGCUGCUACCUCCAUCGUCUCCGGCGACCUGACAUACGACAAUGCGCACAAGGCCAUCUUUGGCUUCAACCAGGGCACCGAGGGCAGGCACCUUCUGUCUGAGGCCGUCAAGGUUGACGCUGCUACCUCAAUUGCCUCCGGUGACAUCUCAUACGACAAUGUGCACAAGGCCAUCUUCGGCUUCAACCAGGGCACAGAGGGCAGGCACCUUCUGUCUGAGGCUGUCAAGGUUGACGCUGCUACCUCCAUUGCCAAGGGCGACCUGACAUACGACAACGCACACAAGGCCAUCUUCGGUUUUAACCAGGGCACUGAGGGCAGGAGGCACCUGUUGAGCGAGGCCGUGAAGGUUGACGCUGCUACCUCCAUUGCCAAUGGCGACCUGACAUACGAGAACGCACGCAAGGCCAUCUUCGGCUUCAACCAGGGCACCGAGGGCAGGCACCUGUUGUCUGAGGCCGUCAAAGUUGACGCUGCUACCUCCAUUGCCCAGGGCGACCUGACAUACGACAACGCACGCAAGGCCAUCUUCGGUUUCAACCAGGGCACUGAGGGCAGGAGGCACCUGUUGAGCGAGGCCGUGAAGGUUGACGCUGCUACCUCCAUUGCCAAUGGCGACCUGACAUACGACAACGCACGCAAGGCCAUCUUUGGCUUCAACCAGGGCACCGAGGGCAGGCACCUUCUGUCUGAGGCCGUGAAGGUUGACGCUGCCACCUCCAUUGCCUCCGGCGACAUCUCCUACGACAACGUGCACAAGGCCAUCUUCGGGUUCAACCAGGGCACCGAGGGCAGGAGGCUAUUGAGCGAGGCCGCGAAGGUUGACGCUGCCACCUCCAUCGCUUCAGGCGACAUCUCAUACGACAAUGUCCACAAGGCAAUCUUCGGGUUCAACCAAGGCACCGAGGGCAGGAGGCUAUUGAGCGAGGCCGUGAAGGUUGACGCUGCUACCUCAAUCGCCUCUGGCGAUGUGUCAUACGACAACGUGCACAAGGCCAUCUUCGGCUUCAACCAGGGCCAGACCACCGGCCGCCGUCUCCUCUCUGUGUAAGCAAGUGCACUGCGUUGCUGUCCAAGUGAGUCCCACGGGAACUGACUUGAUCCCCGGCAUCCUGUCGGGGUCCAUCCCAUUUCACAAGCCAGAUGGCCUCUUGACCAAGCUGCUUCCCGGCAGCUUCCCAUCAUCCAUCUUCCAGACAGCACCCACUUCCGCGGCCACAUUGGGCGCUUCCUCACCGUCACCCUCAUUGCAAGCCACUGCAGUUCGGCAAGAGCAGCAGCAAGCCAUUCAGCCAGCGUCACUUGCCGCGCUGACCCUUCAGUCAGUGGCAGGCAACAGCGGGGGGCCCUCGGUGGAAACGCUGCAGUCUCUGCCAAACAUCCCCACCCCACUUGAAACCGUGUCUAGGGCAAACGCCAACGCAGCACAGCUUCAGAGCUAUAUCAAUGCGGCGGCAAAGCAGCACAGCGGAAGAUGAGCCCUGUUGUAAAACAGCAGACAGAAGACGUGUGGCCAUUGUCCAUGCAUGUUCUGUACCACACAAGAUUUGAUUUCUGCAGAGAAAUUUGAUGCUGGGCAGGACAUGUCAACUAGGAAUCCUUGUUGGACAGGUACUGGGUUGUCUUCCAUAAAAAAAAGUAAGCAAUUUCUCUUGUGAGAAUAGGUGACUUUGGCCCUCAAUAUUUUUUCAGGAACUCUUGCAGGGUUGUGCGGAUUUGUCAAGAGCUGUUGUGUAUUGCUAAAGUGAUGAAGGCUGCCUGUGACGGCAUGUGUCAUUAUUGUCACAUCAGUUGAGGACCAUAAUGGUCAGCACCACUAUAACAGGACAAGCCUGGUGAUUUCAUUGAGCACUGUUGGACUGUGAGUGGAGUGGAGGGUUGUUAGGGGAACUCAAACUGGUGCCAGCACAAAAUUGCAUUCAUGCUUUUUAGUCCGCAGUACAUAUUAUAGGACACUGCAGCAUUGAUCGGCGCUGGUGUGCUUGACAGUUUGGACAACUCAACAACUCGAGACAAAUAACGUCCACUCCUGAUAUGUAAGAGUUUACACUCUUC